GCAAGCAGACAAUUCUAUCAGUGGGAUACGUUGAUUCGGAUUGUCGUUGUUGAACUCGUCUACUCCUCUUGAUCGAAAACAAAUCUACACUUAGUUACGGCGGGCCAAUACGAUGUCUCAAAAAACUGUUACCAUUCUCCUACUGAUAACAUCUUGCAUGUUGAUGCCACCCGUCUACAGCACCAUUGGGAAGGAUCAUCUCCCAGAUCCCAAGACGUACAAGUUUCUGUACUUUGUCUCUAUGGCGGGUGGCAGUCAUUAUCCAUCUCUGUCCAUGUCUGCUAAGGAGCUUGUGAGACAGGGUCACAAGGUGGUCUCGCUGUUCAGCAGCUCCAACCCUCCGCAGAUGCACACGGCCGACGCCGACAUCUUCACUACGGUGGUAUUCACCUCGUCUUACACACCGCAGAGACGGGCCGAUGUCAUGGCCAAUAUCGGCAAGUUGUUCACCACGGGCGCCCUGAGGACCUUCUGGGGUCCGUUGAUCGCAGGCGUCAGGGGCGACUUCAAGGAACCGAGCAUCGCGGAUAUGUGGCUACGCGAGUGCGACGACCUGCUGGGAGAUGCAGCGACCAUGAAGAGGCUCCGGGAAGAGAAAUUCGACAUGUUGGUUGCUGAUGACCACAUCCCGUGUAUUCCGCUCCUGGCACAGGCUCUAAACAUUCCCUUCAUCUACAAUUGCGUUGUACACGCGGUUCCUUCAAAGCAUGGAGAGUGGGCAGGGUUACCUAUCGACCCAUCCUACAUCCCGGAGCGUGUGCUUGGACUCACAGACAAAAUGACAUUCUUACAGCGAGUCCAAAACGUCCUGGCGCACAUCUACUACAGAUUCUGGUGGUUUUUGAUUUUCGACUUCAAAGGAUUUGAUCAGCUGAAAAUCAAGUAUAACAUUCGAACCGAGAUCAGCACCUAUGAAUCUAACAAGCAAGCGUCGCUGUAUAUGUUCCAUGGGAGCUUCGCUUUAGAGUUUCCUCGCCCCAUGCAGCCAAACACUAUUUACGUUCUCUUCACAGCUGGUUCGACUCCUCAUAAAAAGAUUGAAGAUGAUGUGGUAGAAUAUCUGGACACAGCUCCGAAUGGAGUGGUUUUAUUUUCACUGGGUAGUCACGUUGGAAGCAUGGAGCGAGAAAAGGCCCAAGUUCUUGCCGACGGCUUCGCCUUGCUACCACACCGGGUGUUGUGGCAGACCUCAGCUGCUUUACCUGUGGGAAUUAAGCUAGCAGACAACACAAAAGUCGUCCGAUGGCUGCCAAUGGCACAAGUCAUGGAGCACGUUCAUGUUAAAGUGUUUGUGAGUCACGGUGGCGGCUUCAGUAUGUACGAGGCGUUGUGGGCCGGACUGCCCAUGGUAGGCCUACCGCUCUUCGAAGAUCAGAUGGACAAUUUGGACCGGCUAGAAGACCGUGGGGUCGGGUUGACGCUAGACGUCACCACCUUGACACCGGAGAUAUUGAGCCAGACCAUCCACAAAGUCGUGACAGAACCAAAAUUCCGUGUCAACGCACGGCGUGUAUCCCUCAUCAUGCGAGACUUGCAGACCAUGUCACCCCCAAUCAAGACGGCAGCUCAUUGGAUCCUUCACGUCACCAAGUUCGGCGGUGAUCACCUGCGCCCGGCCGUCCAAGAUCUGAAUUACAUGCAGAGGAAUCUUCUAGACGUCUACAUCUUCUUUCUGGCUGUCCUGGCUCUGAUCCUAGGGGUAAACCUUUCAUUGUGUUACUGCUGCUGUAAGUGUAUGUGUGGCAAGGCUGGAAAAAAUCAUCUAAAGAAAGAAUAGUACAUGCAAGGCUAAAUAAAGUAGUGCUUGUUUGCGGACAUAACAAUCUUGGUAAUAGGAUAUAAAAUUAACUGUGUGUAGUAGGCUUAAACUUUUAUUUACAUAUAUACAUCAGGAAUUUGCUGAAGAUUUGGAACUGGGGAAUAUAACGUGAAACAAAUAAUACUAUACAAAGUGUCGUUUUGAUCAAAGCGAUAAUUUUUUUAAUGAUUAAUUAAUUUUUAAUUUUCAAACAAUUUUUCACAAGAUAUCUGUGCUGAAAUGAGAAAUAAAUCGAACCUCUUCAUUUUCCACUUCUGAAUGGUCAAAGCUUGCAACCAGGAGUUUUAGCUGUCGUUGGCGAGUCUUAGUUUAUCUCACAUUAGGCUCUAGCUUCUUCUUUUUCUGAUAUUUUGUUUAUUGGUUUUGCUUUCUGCCGUUGAAACCUAGGGCUCAAACGUACACAGACACUGUAGCUCUCAAGACCAAAACAACUUGAAAAAAGACCACGAAGAGUUUUUAGCAUUUUAAAUUACAUUCCAUGUAAACCCUUUUCAUAUUGGAAUCCAUUUUCCCUAUAAAUUUCAUUCCAAAAUACUGUUUUGUAAGAAUUCCUGGAUUUUUGUGUGUGUUGAAAUCAGGGUAUAGAUAAAUCUAAUUUACUACGAAAAAGACAUGGCGGCUUUCCUGGGGACACGUUUCUUCUGCAGGCAAGUAAAGUCAUUUACCUCGAUGCACAUGCGUGAAACAAAUCACAUGAAUGAAUAAAUAUGUCAUGUGAUUUGUAAUAACUUUAUAUAAUUUAGAUUAAGCGUGGCAAUUAUGUUGCGCGCUUCGCCAGGUCGGUGAUCACAAUGCUGUAGGUUGCAGGUUCGAGUCUCCGGAAUGUUAAAACUGUAUUCCCCCCCCCCAUAUGUGAAGUUUCUUUUGAUCACGAAACACGAUUUCGUCAACAGAACUUUUUAUGUCCAACGAUCAUUCAAUAGUUUCGAGGGGGGUUUAGUACCAGUGCGAUGUUAAUACAAAUAAGCCUUUUGAUAAUAAUUCGCCAGGCUACUUUUGAGAUAAAUAAAAAUAAUAAUAUGUCUUUAAGCGGUUUAUUAUUAUCAGGGGGAA